AUGUCUUCCGCCCGGACGCCUCGGCUCGAGCCGACCUUCUGGCCCAAAAACAAGGGCGCGCCCGCCUCCGAUUCACUGAAUAAUCAAGCUCAACAGGUCUUCUUCCCCGCCGAUUCCGCCAAGCCCGUUCCCUUGGCCGUGGUUUCGCCGGAUAGUAGACAGGACAAGUGGGAAUCUCGUUAA